AUGAAACUUUUGGUGACCCAAAUCUUGCUUUGCACUAUCUUCCUCGAUCUUGCUCUUCAUGUGGGUCUCACAACAUCAGAAGAAGUUGAGGACGAGAGCGAAUUCAACUACAAUGCAAGGAGUGAGAGAGGUCCGGCUUGGUGGGGAGAGAUCAGGAGCGAGUGGAGAAUGUGCAGGAACGGAUCGAUGCAGUCGCCGAUUGAUCUCUUGAGCGACAGGGUUCAAGUGGUGGCCCAUUUGGGGAGACUGAAGAGGAGCUAUGAAGCCUCCAAUGCCACACUUAAGAACAGGGGACAUGACAUCAUGUUGAGGUGGGAAGGAGAUGCAGGGUAUAUAUAUGUGAAUGGAACCCAGUAUUCGCUGAAGCAAUGCCAUUGGCACUCGCCCUCUGAGCAUGCCGUUAAUGGCAGAAGGUUUGAUCUUGAGCUACACAUGGUUCAUGAAAGCCCCAAAGGCGAAAUUGCUGUGGUAGGAGUCAUGUACAAGCUGGCCCAACCCGAUACUUUCUUGUCAACGAUGAUGAAUCAUAUAGAAAGAAUCGCUGAUACCCAUGGAGUCGAGAGAGCCAUCGGAAUAGUGAACCCGAACCACAUAAAGAUUGGAAGCAGAAGGUACUAUAGAUACGUGGGCUCUCUCACGGUGCCUCCCUGCACUCAAAAUGUUCUCUGGACCAUCGUUCAUAAGGUGAGAACUGUUUCUAGAGAGCAAGUGAAGUUACUGCGCGAAGCUGUUCGCGACGACUCGGAAUUCAACGCCAGGCCAUUGCAACCCCUAAACAGACGCUUAGUGCAGCUAUAUAGUCCAACCGACAGCGAAUCAGAAAGCGAGAAUCCGUGA